UCAUUUCAUUCUUUACUAUAGAUUUUACUGUAUGUAACUUGAUUCUCCUACAUGCACAGCCAAAUACAUUUUAACAGUUGACCAUGGACUGACAUUCAUGAUGGUUGAUGCCAAGGCUAAGGAUGUUAAAAGAUUAGUUUUGCGUUGAAAUUUAAAACUGAGAAAGCCUGGUGUCCACUUCCUUUGUGUGCUGGACUCAGGAAUCAGGAAUGAUUUAGAGUUCAGUCACAAAUUACGGAGUGAAGUUUUAAAGCAUGCUAGCAUAACUGCAGAACAGUAUCUAUGUUCAUGCAGCAAGGAGCCACUAGCAAAUUUUACAUUAUCCAAUUAUUUGGUUGACCACACUAUACGCCUAUAUCAAUAGCAAUGUUUCAGUUGAAAAUGAAUUAGGCCAGCCUGUUGAACUAGUCAGAUGAUGAAGUGGUUAUGUCUCUGGUAAGUUCAAUCAUAAAUUUGAUCAGUUGAACCAUUUAAACAUUAAACUGCAGGUCUUGCCAGUUCAAUCUUCAGUUUAGUUGUUAAAAAUUAUGUUGGUAUUCUAUUUUGUUACACGUAGGGCUUGUAGAACCUUUUUCCAUUACUGAGAGCAUCUGCUCUUGAUUUUCCUUGUAUUUGCUUUCAGUUUUUCCAUCAAUAAAGUAGUUCUUCAUUGAUAGGAAUUCAUCCUAUCAGUAGAAAUUAGAAAAUUAUCUUUAAGCUCUAAUUUAGAAGUAGCUACUAAGUCAAAUACUAGUCAAAUGCUACUAGGUCGCUAGUGUUUUCUAGUUCAAUAUAUACAGGAUGACAUAUUGUUUUUUGAAAGGAUGACAUAUUGUUAAAUUAGUAUAUAUGUAGAAAUAAACCACUAUAGAAGAAAUAAAAUCUUGCAGACCAAUCAUCCUCUUAUUUUAAUAUCGUUCAGGUAGUUAUAUUUGCAUUCAUACCAGAAAUCUUUUUUUCUUUGGUCAAACAUACCAUAAAAUUUGUCUUCUUGCAUUUAACACUGACGUAUUGAGAUUUGAGACAUAUAUGGAAGGAGACAAUAUGCAUAAUUAAUUAUUAUACUGGGGCCAUGUCAAUAUCAUCAAAAUUGAUUCUCUUCUAACGAACGUCUAUUUUUGGAAAAUAUUACUAGUACACAUUUGGUAAUUGCUCAAUGAAUACCAGAUGAUGGCAGACUCAUAAGAAAUGAUAAUAAUUGAUUUGAUUAUUUAUUUGGUUCCCAUAUAUAUAAAUUGCCAUGUCAUGUAUUGGAAUCUUACUAGUAUAUAUAUAUAUAUAUACACUACCAAGUUAAGAAACAAUUGAAUAUCACACUCUACAAGGGAGUGUCUUCCGCCUAGAAUAUUGUCUUCCUUCUCUUUGCUACUCAGGUUUUUGUUCAGCCUAUGAAAGUGGAGCGUAGAAAGACUACUAUGGCCUCUUCUUCGAGUUCACCAUGUGCAGCAUGCAAGUUUCUGCGGAGGAAGUGUCAACCGGAGUGCGUGUUUGCGCCAUACUUCCCACCUGAUCAGCCGCACAAGUUUGCAAGUGUUCACAGAAUCUUCGGUGCCAGCAAUGUCUCCAAGCUUCUCAAUGAGUUGCAACCCCACCAGCGUGAAGAUGCUGUGAACUCCCUCGCCUAUGAAGCUCAUAUGCGCCUCCGUGACCCUAUCAAUGGCUGUGUAGGAGUCAUCUCCAUCCUUCACCACCAGCUCCGCAAGCUCCAAAUGGACCUUCUCCUCGCCAAAAAUGAGCUCUCUAAAAUCCAAAACUUUGGCUUGGCAAUGGCAGGCCAAAAUCUUGCUGCUACUACAGCCGCAGCUGCAGCAGCCAACAUGGCCGCCACUGCUGCUGCCACUACCAUCCCUCAGCAUAUGACAAACAUGAGCGGCGGUGGGAUUGGUGGCAGUGGUUGGGAUAACUACCUACAUUAUCAUCAUCAUCGCCAUCAGUUUUUUCCAAGGGAUGUAGUUAGUAACUUUGAUUCAGGGAGCAGCUAUGAGGCUAAUCCCUUGGCCAUUAACAACACCUCUCAACAACUUUCCAGUUUUGUGCAACUAAAUCAGCUUCAGCUUCCUAGUGCUGCUGCGUCGGUUGAUAACCGUCUCACUACUGUCCAUCCCUCUUUAGGGUUUAUGGAGGCAAGACAUAAUUAAAGAAAUGGUCAAAUGAGUAAUUAAUUAGCUUCCCCUUUUUUCCCCGCACAAUUUCUGUUUGAAAUUGUUCAUUGCUUUCUUUUGUAUGAUCGAUCGUUGAUAUGGUGAAAUUCCAACAAAUAAAUGCAUACUGUCACUGGCAA